UAGGCGAAAACUCUCAAAGUAUCAAUAGCAUUUUAAAGUGACAACAGCUUGCGAACGGUCAUAGAAAGAAUAGCGAGAAAUGUUUGCGGUAAAAUCUAUAAUAUUAAUGGCACUGAUUGCCGUUGCGUUGGGCGAAGUAAUCGAUUUUAAAACAUGCGAUACAAACGAUUGUGAUAUACAUGAAGUACGUGUGGAACCCUGUCCUCAGGCGGAAUCGCAUGCCGCCUGCAAUAUUCGACGCCGUAAGCCGGCUAAUAUGAGUUUCGAUUUCACGCCGCAUUUCGAUGCCGAUACGCUCGAAGCCUCAUUGAAUUGGGUAAAGAGUAACGAUCAGGAAUUGCCUUUGAUUUCGAUGGAGAAGGAUGCUUGCAAGUACACGAAAUGCCCGGUAAAGAAUGGCGAAAAGCAAACCUAUCAGAUCGAUAUACCGAUUGAAAGUAAAUUUCCAUUGAAUUAUUACACUGUAAAAUGGAAUUUCCAAGCAUCCAACGGCAAGCAAUGUUGCUUUACACACGACAUUAAAUUAGUGCGUUAGAAUUAUGUGAAUAACGCCCCGAAGACUUCUCAAAACGAAAUAUUAUUUACGUGUGUGAAUUGAAAUAAAUGUGAAGAAAAUUAUGAACAAAAUUAAAAAAAAAAAAAAAAAACGGAUUUUUAAUUCAUUUGCCCUUUCGAGAAGCUAUUAAACAACAUUUUAAAAGCAUCUACCUAUGUAUGAAGUGCGGGCUGAGGAAACUUUCGAAAACCGAAGGCUAUCCGCACGCAAUUAGUAUCAAUAGUUGAAAAAAAACCUUAUUUUUUCUAUAUCGAUGCCAUUCACAUGGCCAUUCUGACAAAGGCUACGAUUUUUAUCUUGCAAUCAAUCAAAAAUAAAAUAAAUUUUUUUUUUUUAUUGUUCAGCUCUUCAAUUUAACGCUAGAGUUAAUUUUCUAUUAAAAAGAAAAUAAAAUUUUUCUAUUAAUUCGGUUUUAAAAGAACCUGAGUUUGUUCACUUAAUA